AUGGCGGAUCCUUCUAUGGACUCAGAUAAGAUCCGCAACAAGAGGCUCGCGAAAUUGCAGCAGUCACAGCCGCCGCCGCAGCAAUCGCAAGAUGCCGUCGCCGCAGCCUCAACUCCCGCCGAAGAUGGCGUUGAGUCAACGCCAUCAUCACAACCAGACACCCCCCAGGUUAGCACAGAUCCUCUUCCCACGCCGACCGGAUCAACAACGCCAUCUGGCACCAUCACGAAGGAACCAUCCCCUCCACCUACGACCCGGAUACGAAUCACUCCGGCAAAUGUCACCCCCCAGAAGCGAGAAAUGGACGGCGUGGAGAGACCAAGUUCAAGACAGAGCUCAAGACCAAAUGAGACCAUCGAACAGUGGGAAGACCGCACGUUGAGGAAUAUUUUUCGUCUCAGCUUAAACCCUGAGCAGACGAAAGAUAUGCACGGUCAGCAGCUCCACGUUCUGACACAACUUAGAGAAGAGUUGGAGGCUGAAGGCAAACCAUUGUUGUUGAACACCGAUUUGAUAGAGCAGGCCAUUAUGGAAGCAGGUGCAGCGCUGGGGGAUUUGACUCCGCACGACUGGCUGUUCGGCUGUUGGAAGAGAAUCACAAGAAUGAGCAAGGCCGUCAAAGAUCGGACGCCUGAGAACAAGAAAUGGACCAUUAUCUCAGAGGCCAGGAGACUCUGCAUGAGCUGGUGCAUAUUAUCCGUCACAACACCUGAUGUCUUCGGGGCAGACUAUGAUGGCGUGGCUGCGCUCGCAGACCACCUUCUCGCUGAUCCGGACGAGGAUGCAGGCGUUUGUCAUGAUUUCCUUACAGAAGUCAUCACGAGGUUCGACGAGGAUGAAACCAUCAAGGAGGCAUUUGUCGGCGCGGUUGAGAAUCUGAGCCGGCGUCUUGCCAAACUGACCAUGGACUCUGACUAUCGACGCUACACUGCCAUGAUUCGACACCUCAUUAGAUACAAACCCGUGGCCAUCGCAAUCACGCAAUCGAAGCUGUUUGUGGAUAAGUCAGUUCCAGCUGCCCAAUUAGAAGUUGCCACUCUCCUUGGCCCCUUCUUUCAGCUAUCGCCAUUACAAGCAGAAGUGACGAAGCAGUACUUCUCUGGCCCGAAGACUAUGGACCCGGGGAGGAUCCGGAACUCUCAACAGUCACUUCAGAUGUCGUUGAGGUCCCAUCAAACUGAGCUCUUUGAUAUUAUCAAUACCCUUGUGCGAGCGUCUCCGGAAGCCCGAGAACGCGUGUUGGAUUGGUUUGCUCUCGUGGUGAACGCGAAUCACAAACGCCGCGCCAUGCGUGUGGACAAGACGACGGUCUCGAGUGAUGGCUUCAUGAUCAAUAUCACCGCCAUCUUGGAUCAGUUGUGUGAACCGUUCAUGGAUGCACAGUUCUCAAAGAUGGACCGAGUCGACAUUGACUAUCUCCGACGGCAUCCUCGGGUCGACAUCAAAGAGGAAACAAAAAUCAACGCUGAUCAAGAGCAUUCUGACGAGUUUUAUAAGAAUCAGCUCGAAGGCACCAACAACUUCAUCUCAGAAUGCUUUUUCCUCGCCGUGGCUGCUCAUUAUUAUGGGAGCGAAGCAGCCCGAAACAUGCUCAAGGACAUGGACCGAGACCUGAAACAUAUGGCCAAACAAAUUGAGAUGUUCGAAACAGAACGGCAUAAAUACGCCAAUAACCCUGCUCAGCUGGCCAUGUUCGAGAAUGCACUCAAGAAGUACAAGGAUCAGCACGACAAAGGCUUGUCCUACAAAUAUGCUGUACAAGGCGUACUGCUGGACGAAAUCGCGCAGACUCGUUCGAUGCAAUUCAUGCGUUUUGUCACUGUCUGGAUUCUCCGUCAAGUCUCUCCUCACCGCCAAUUUCCUAAGCAGCAAUUGACGCUUCCUCUUCCAGCUGAACAACCCGAGACCUUCAAGAAUCUCCCUGAGUAUUUCUUGGAUGUCAUCAGCAGCAAUUUUGGAUUUAUCAUGUACAACAUGCCUCAAGUCAUAUCUUCAACGCAAUCGGACGAACUGAUAAUGCUCUGCAUCACCUUUUUGCGCAAUUCCGAAUACAUCAAAAACCCAUAUUUGAAAGCAUCUUUGGUUACAAUCCUCUUUCGAGGAACGUGGUCAUGGCGUCAAGGCGGAAGAGGUAUACUCGCAGACCAAUACAACAGCAUGCCGUUCGCGACAGAGCACUUGCUGCACUCAUUGAUGAAGUUCUUUAUAGAGGCGGAGUUCAUGGGCGGGCACGGCCAGUUUUUCGACAAAUUCAACGUACGCUUCGAGAUUUUCCAGAUCAUCAAGUGCAUAUGGCCGAACACAGUCUACCGUGACAACCUGCUGAGGGAAGCAAAAGUCAACAUGGAGUUCUUUGUAAGGUUCGUCAACCUUCUCUUGAAUGACGUGACGUUCGUCUUGGACGAAUCUUUUACUGCGUUCCAUACGAUUUAUGACCUCUCGAAAGAACUCGCGCUUGCUGGAACAUCGCUCGACCAGCAGCAACGACAGGACAAGGAGGAAGCUUUGGAGGCGGCAAAGAACAAAGCGAAAUCAUACAUGCAACUGACCAAUGAGACGGUGGCAAUGUUGAAGCUAUUCACAGAAGCCCUGGCGGACGCAUUCACAAUGCCCGAGAUCGUCCAACGUCUUGCGGAUAUGUUGGACUAUAAUCUUGAUGCGAUGGUUGGACCGAAAUCCACGACCCUCAAAGUCGAGAACUUACAGGAAUACAAUUUCAACCCCAAGGCUUUGCUGAGCGAGAUCAUCGACGUCUAUCUCAACUUGAGCGAACGGGAAAACUUUAUCCUCGCUGUUGCACGCGACGGUCGAUCAUACAAGCCUGAAAACUUUAUCAACGCCGGCAACGUCAUGCGCAAAUUUGUUCUCAAGUCACCAGAAGAGCUCAACCGGUGGCAACGACUUAUCGAAAAAUUUGCCAAGGCAAAGGAAGAGGAUGAAGCUGCGGACGCGGACUUGGGAGAAAUUCCCGACGAGUUCUUGGAUCCGCUGAUGUUCACACUCAUGGAAGACCCUGUGAGGCUACCCGUAUCAAAGAUUGUCAUUGACAGGAGCACAAUCCGAAGCCACUUGUUGAGUGAUCCUCACGAUCCGUUCAACAGAGUGCCGCUGAAGAUCGAGGACGUCCUUCCAGCGACCGAUAUCAAAGAGCAGAUCCAGAAAUUCAAGGAGGAACGGAUUGGAAGUCGGCGCAAAGACUUUGUGGAGACGGUCAAGACCGAAGCUGGCGGCACUGCCGACGGUGAGGCAAUGGACCUGAGUUAG